AGAAUUCAAGAUGAUAUAAAAUAUUUUAAUGAUAUUAACAUAAAACAAACAAAUAUGUUAAUAGACAAUCAACAUACUUUUAAUAUGUGUCUGAAAUUGGAAAAUAGUGGUUUUGCUAAACAUCUUAAAAAAAUUUUCAAGAAGAAAUUAAAAAUACCCAAAAUUCGAUCAAAUGAUGAUGAUGAUACUUCAUCGUCUUCAUCCAGCGAAAGUGAAGAAUCUGAAUCAGAAUUUAAUAACGAAAGUGGUGAAUCCAUAAUGGCAAUGAGUCGAGUACCAGUGUUUGAUGAAAAAGUAUUACCAAUAGGCUGUGAUCCAAAAUUAUUUAAUACAACAUUAGAGUUGAGAGCUAAAAAAUAUGAAAUAGAACAAACCAUAGAGGAUAGUAAAAGAAAAUUGGACGCGAGUAGUAUACAUCUGACUUCAACUCUCGUAGAACUUAGUUUUAUUGAAGAUGAAUUAAAACAAAUUCGAAAUGAACUAGAAGCAUGUCAGAUAAAAAAACAAAUGAAACUAAAUGAUGUUCGUACAACGAUUGUACUAUAUAAAUCUCAAAUAACUAAAGCUAAAUUAUUGAAAGAUAGUAUCUUAUUAUAUGGAAAUGUUAUACAAGAUCUAUCAAAUAGAGCAUCGGAAUUAAAAAAAGAGGAAAAAGAGAUAGUAAACAUUUUAAAAAAAGAAAAGUUAUGUGCAAAAAAGGAUCGCAUUGAAAUAGCCAAAAUGGAGAUUGAUUUGAGAAAUAUUAAAAUAGCUAUUAAAGAUGAAAUGUUUAAGAAAUUUAAAACUGUAACGAAUUGGAAUUUUAUAGACCAAAUGGAAAUGACCAUCAUCGAUUACAUGAUUAUUAAAUCUAAGUCUGAAGCAAAAGAUUCAAAGGAACGUUUUAUUCGAGAAUUAAAAAUAUUAGAAAACAAAAUUCGUGCACAACAAAAGUCAGUAACUGACUUAUUAAAAUCAAAUACUCGUCGAAAUAAAUUAUUAACAAAUGUUCUUGAAAACAUUAAUAAAAUACGACAGUAUUUGGAUGUAGACCAAGAAAGAAUUACGAAAAAUUUUCAAAAUUUGUCAAUGGAAUCAACAAUUACUACUGAAAUAACUACCAUGCACUGCAUAUAUGAUCAAUUAUUAAAGAAGAAACAAGCCCUUUGUGAACAACUAGAAAUGCAUAAAUUAAAAUGCAAAACGUUCACAACUCCUAUAAUACAAUAAUAUAGCUAAAAGGCGAUACAAAGUGCAAUUGACAAUCAUCUAUACCUGCUAUACAAGAAGAAACUUGAUUUAAAUACCUACUAUGAAAAAACGCUUUUUUGUA